AUGUCCCUUGCUUCCUUGAGAUCAUUUCUGGUGCUGUGGAAGCAGCUGGAAUUGCUAAAGGAGCACUGGGGCGGACUCAAACUGCAAGUCCAGGAGAGCGAUUCUGUCUCCUUCCACAAACAGUUCUCAGAACUCUACGGAACUGACAUUCUCUACCCCAGCAUGAAAGCUAUAGCUAGGCGGAUGGGGAAAGAAGAUGAAUUCGAAGGUAUUAUAAUAAGUAGUCAGUCUAUUCUUCCCCCCAACGGAGCUUCAGAAAUUGAAAUAAAAACCCAACAGCUUCAGAAACUUCUGGAAAAUCUUGAAAUUCAUAUGAUCCAAGAAGUAUUAAGAAAAGUUAACAGAGAGAUAGCACUAGUGGUAUCAGAAAAAUCCAAGGAGCAGUGUACUCUCCCUACAGACCUUUGGAAGCACCAUGUCAUGAAAGAAAACUUUUCCGUUAGCAGACCACAGAUAGUUGAAAAAUUUAAACAGAAAUUAAUGGAAAAUUACCAGGAUGGUGGACUAGAGAUCACAUUCAGGAAAGACCACCUUGAGGCCUGCCUCCUUUCCUUGGGUUGUGAUGUGAUGGCGAGAGAACGCAGCAACUUCGAGAGCUACUCCAUGUGUUAUGAGCAUGUGUUGGAGCAUGCUAGGCAGAAGCUCUGUCAGAAAGAGCAGGAAUUAGAUAUUAUCCGAAGAAGUUCAGAUCCACUUGAAGACAACGCUGGUCAGGUUGCAGAGCUCAGUCAUACUCUGAUCAUGGAAAUCACUGCUCUAAGAGCUCGACUCACAGAUUUGGAACAGGAGAAUCUGAAUCUCAACAAGCAGAUUAGAAAAGAAGUCCAGGAAGAAUAUGAAGCCUUAAUCCGAGCUUUGUUUGCGACAUGUGUGCACAUAAAAGAAAAGCUGGAUGAGCAUCAGAUUAAUUUGAUCCAGAAAGUGUGUGAGCUCAUCGGCGAAGUAAGAACAGAAGGGAUUGACAAUUUGAAAGGCCUGAAAACAAAAUGGGGUUCUGCCAGACCUGAUGAAGGAAAGAAAGAAAACCCAGCCAAACAGGAGCAGCUGCAGGCCUUGGAGCAGGACAGCGGCAGCCUGGCUGCACUGGUGUGCAAAGUGAGGAGCCUGGGCCGCUGGAGGCUGGCUGUGCAGCAGGCUCGUUUCCAGGGCCAGCUGAACAGGGCAGAGAAGGAAGCUCUGCAAAGUAAAAAAGAGUGCUUGAGCAUCCAGCUAAUGGCAGAACAAGAAGUGGUUUUAUUUCGUCAACAGUUACUGGCUCUAAGGCAGGCCCUGGCCAGGGCUCAGGCCGACAACACCAGGAUGCACGAGCGGCAGGAUAACCAGAUGAGAAGCCGGCUUGCCCAGGAGCGCAGUGUGAAGCUGGAUGCUUUCCAGCGCGUACAAGAGCUACAAAGUCAGCUUAAUGAUGCCGAGCAAUCGUCUGUCCAGAUGAGCUCACCAGGCGGCCUUAUACCUCGGGCUCAGUAUUCCCUCCGUUCUGCACCCACAUCAUCCAGACACUCACAGCAACACCUUUUAAAGACUAAUCUUAUGAGCAGUAAAAUAACAAGAAGGAUUCAAAGGCCAGACACUGUACCUAUUAAACACAAAAAAAGGUCUGACAACGUCUUUCUACCCAAUGUGGCAGAAAAUAUUCAACAUUCAGCUUUUCAAGUUCGCACAGCUCCAUCCAUAAUCCCAUAAGGACAUGACUGGUAAUCAUAUAUGCUUUUCCACAUUUUGUUUCCUUGAGUAUUUGAAUGAAUAAAAAUGAUUCUAACCUCCA